AUGACCGAGGCCGGCUGGUGGAAGCUGACCUUCCUCCGGAAAAAGAAAUCAGCUCCCAAGGUGCAGUAUGAGAUCCCCGACACCUAUGCUCAAACGGAGGGCAGCACCGAGGCCCCGAGGCCCGAGGGCGGGGGCCCCAACGGCAACUUUAACACCCGCCUGGAGAAGAUUGUGGACAAGAAUACAAAAGGCAAGCACGUCAAAGUCUCCAAUUCGGGCCGUUUCAAGGAGAAGAAGAAAGUCCGGGCCACGUUGGCAGAGAACCCCAACCUCUUUGAUGACAGGGAGGGCAACGGACAGUGA